AUGGAAUAUCAUAUGCAAUAUCCUCCGAAUGAAGAAAUAAAACAAGAAAAAGAAGUUUUUGUAGAAAAACCUUUAGAAAAAAAAUUUAUAAAAAAAAAAAAAUCAUUUCUGAUUAUUUUAUCUAUUUCCGUAUUUUCUUUAAUUGCAUUAAUAUUAAUAUAUAUUAAUAAAGAUGGGAAUAAAAACGAUAUAUUGAAGGGAACUUCAAAUGAAAAUAUUAAUGAUGAGUAUAUAAUAAAUACUUUAUUAAAAAGUAAGAAUGGGAAAAAAUUUUUUUUAUCAAAAUUAGAGGAGCUAAUAUCUUCAUAUGAUAAAAAUAACGUAACUGAUGAUAAAAAAGAAAGUGAUGAAUAUAAAAGGAAUUCAAAUGAUAGAAAUGUAACUACUUUUAAAAAAAAAGAAGGAAACUUAAAAGUGGUAAAAAAAGAGGACUUUGUGAAUUUACAUGAUGUAGGAUUUUUAAUGAGUAAUUUAGAAGUCGUUAAUGCAUUUUAUUUAUUUUUAAAAGAAAAUAAUAAAAAAUACACGACUUCAAAUAAAAUGGAAGAAAAAUUUUUCAUUUUUUCUCAAAAUUAUAAAAAAAUAGAAGAACAUAAUAAAAAAAAUACUUUAUAUAAAAAAAAAAUUAAUAAAUUUGGAGAUUUAACUUAUGAAGAAUUUGCAAAAAAAUACUUAAAUUUAAAACAUUUUGAUAUAAAAAAAAACAUAGAUAAUUUAUCAGGUCUUAGUAAUUAUGAAGAAAUAAUUCAAAGAUAUAAGAAAGAAAAUGAAGAAUUUAGUCUUGCAAGUUUUGAUUGGAGAGAAUUAGGUGGAGUUACACCAGUUAAAGAUCAACAAACAUGUGGUUCAUGCUGGGCGUUUAGUUCAGUAGGAGCAGUAGAGUCACAAUAUGCAAUAAGAAGAAAUGAACACGUAUCUUUAAGUGAACAGCAAUUAGUUGAUUGUUCUUCUGAUAAUUAUGGAUGCAAUGGAGGUUACAUACCUUUAGCUUUUGAAUAUAUGAUAAAAGAUGGUGGUUUGUGUUCAGCAGAAGAAUAUCCUUAUGUAGAUGUUACACCAGAAAUGUGCUAUAGAAAAAAAUGUAAAACUAAACAUGAAAUUAAAUCAUUUGUAUCUAUUCCUCAAGAUAAAAUUAAGGAAGCUAUAAAAUUUCUUGGACCUAUUAGUAUAAGUAUAGCCGUUUCAGAGGAUUUCAGUUUUUAUGAUUCUGGAAUUUAUGACGGUGAUUGUGCAAAAGAGGUUAACCAUGCUGUUAUGCUUGUUGGAUACGGAAUGGAAGAAACAUUUAAUACUGAUUUAAAUAAAAACGAAAAUAUUUUUUAUUAUAUAAUAAAAAAUUCUUGGGGAGAAGCUUGGGGUGAAAAGGGAUUUAUGAAAAUUGAAACAAAUGAAGAAGGAACACAAAAAAAAUGCUUAUUAGCAAAAGAUGCUUACGUAGCCUUAAUUGAUUAA